AUGACGCCAAAGCAAGCGCUCAGAAUCUUUCUUGACCGAUACAACUGCCAACGGAGAGGCAAUUUUGGUUUCCGUCACCGAUGGACUUCUGAUGGCUGCGUUGUUACACUGGUCGUGCCAGGCUUCCAUGACCGAGAGUUUGAAGGCUUCUCAGAAGGCGUCCGGAGUCCUGCCACUCAAGCUGCGUCUGAGACAGCUGCUCGCGUUGCUUUCAAAGCGGAUCCUGACGUGAACGACGCACGGAGACGGCUGCCUCCGACGAUGCUGUCACUUCGCAAGAUGUACAAGUUUAGCAGCCAUCAGGUCCGUGGGCUGAGGGAACUCGGUUACAACCCGAACUCUGUCUUGGUGGACAUUGCAAAGAGCCUUCACCUUGGUUUCAGACAGCUUGGCUGUCGCACAGCCAUGUUUGACCGCGACAUGUGA